AUGGCUUCCAUGACUGCCUCAAGACUCCACACCGCCUCCACUCCAGCCCACUCUACUGUGUGGCAGAACAAGCUCAUGAAUGAAUGUAGACGUCGCGGUUUCCGUGCUCCCAACUUCCAGGAAUGCUCUGACAGACGCGGUGGUCGUACUGCCUGGUCUAGUGUAGUUGAAGUUGACGGUUGCAAGCACCAGGCUCGCUUCUGGUACGACGGCGACUGGGUCAACAACGCUCGUGAAGACGCAGCAGAGGUCGCCCUUCAACGUAUGGGAGUGGUCCCUUCCCCUCCCGGCCCUCACGCACGCCUUUUCGGCUCCAUCAGCGUGUAG